CAUCAUCAAUUUUCACCUGUGCAUCUGCACGCAAGAAGGAUAUUUGAGAUCUAAGAAGCCUCGCAGUAACACAGAGACAACACGCAAUGAGUGAUCGAGGUAGUGAUGAUGAAAGGGAUGAUGAAAAAGAAGAAGAGGAGGAAAGUCCAGGCCAAAAAUAUGAGACUGUUAUCUCUGCCUUGCCUCCACGGGUUGUUCAACAAGAGGAAAGUCAGGUUGAGGUGUCAGCCAGUCCUGCUUUCCAGUGUCUUGAUGAGCUUUUUCAUGAAGGCAAACUCACAGGAACAAAAGUUGCACUUUUGAAAGCAAAGUAUACUGAACUUCAUGAAACACUUAAAAGGACGAGGGAAAGUGAGGCUGCCUUGCUUAACACUGCCAAAGAACAUACACUGGAAUUGGAAAGACAGCGGUCAGAACUUGAGAAGGGAGAUAACUUUCCAGACAGUUCCAAUACAGAGGUCACUAAAAUGAGACAGCAAUUAAUGAAACACAACAAUGAAUAUGCCCAGAUCCAGGAGAGAGAGUACCAACAGCAGUAUGAGCUGGAAACGUUGUCAGAAGAGAAGAAAAUUAUGGAGAGGGAAUAUUCAAGAAUGCCAAAGCAAGGGGAAAUUGAAAAGAAACUGAAGGAAAUACAGGCUGCAUGUGAGGAUAUGAAGAAAGAAAUUGUCCAACGACAAAUGGAAGCUAAGACACUGCGUGAGGAUAUGGACACUACCCAUCGGCAAUGUGCGGCCGAACAGAAGGAAUAUGAUCAACUUAAAUCAGAGAUGGAAAAUCUCAAGGGUGACCUGGUGCAGAUCAACACACUUCCAAACCAGAUAGCCAAAGAGGCUGACAAGUUACAUAGACAAAAACUUGAGGUGGAAAAGAACUUGACAAAACUAGAGGACGAAUACCAAGAGAUCCUAGAGGAAUCAAAAAGUAUGGAAUCCAAGAAGAAUGUUUUACAGACAGAGAAGUUUGACACAGAGUCGGACCUUGCUAAAACCAGGGCCAUGCUUGACCAGAAAGAGAGAGAGUACAACAUGCUUAUCAAAGACUUUGAGUUUGCAAAGGAUAGAGAAGCUGUUCUCAUGGGUGAUAGGUCAACACUUGACAUGAGUUUGAGACACAUACACCUGGAAAAGAAAAACACACAUGAUGUUCAUUCAAGAAAAAGUCGAGAAAAGGAUAGGGAUUUGAGGAAUUUGAAGAAGGCUGAACUCCAGUUCAGAGUCGCUGAAGAAAGUCUGUCACAUACCAAGUCAGUCCACGAAAAAGUCAAAGGACAAAUUGAUUCCCUGCCAAAAGAUGAUGGUACUCUGCAGAAGAAAAGGGAGGAGCUAGCCAAGGAGGUGGAGCACACCAAACGAUCGCUGGCUCAACAGAAUAAUCUGACAGCAGUGGAACAUGUGAAGCUGGAAGCUAGUGCAGCUGAAGAACAGAACUUGUUGUAUGACCAAAGUGAUCUGAGGAUAGAGGUGGUGGAACUUACUCGACUCGCUGCCAUUAAGGCUGAUGAGAGAGAGCAAAAAGCCAGAGAUUUCAUGAGAGCAGAAAUGAGAUUUCACAAAGCCAUCGAAGACCUGAAAACAAAAGAACUUCAAAUACAGGACCAUCACAAGAAACACCAGGAAAUGCAAACCAAAUUGAAAGAGUUUGCAAAGCUUUAUGAGUUGAUUAAAAAUGAGAGGAACAAAUGUGUGAACCUGAUACAGACAAGUACACAGAAGGCGGCCGAGAUGAAAGAAAAGAUCAAAAUUCUUCAGAACGAGAUGGAAAUUCUACGCACAGCCGUCAUGCAGAAAGACAGAGAGCUGCAGAAACACAGAUUAAAACACAUGAACAGUAUUGUGAUGAGAGACAGUUUGAGGAACGAGGUAGCUAAACAAACAAACAUUUACAAUGAUAUGAAAGCCACUGUUGAACAACAGAAAAUGGACUUAAAUAAACUCAAUAAUAUGAUGAACGCAGGUGAGGAGGAAAGCACACGAUUGAGGAACAGAUACUCAAAAGAGGAACAGAAGAGAAAUGACAGAGGUCUGAAGUUGAUAGAAAGGGAAGAAGAAGUAUGUAUCUUCUAUGAAAAAGUGAAUAUUGAAGAACAAAUGAUAAGGAAUGGUAAUGUAGAGCUACAGGCAAAGGAAGAGGAGAUUCGUUUCCUUAAGAUGCAACUGAAUGAAGAGAAGCGUUCAAUAGAAUUACUGAGGAAGAAUAUGCCACGCAAGCAUGCCUUAGAACAAGAGCUUGUUACACUUCAGAUCCAGCUACAACAGUGUCAGGACCGUAUGCUGGACCUAGAGAAGGAACUUGAGAAUCCCUAUGAUGAAACACGUGUACGCUCACUGGAGGGCAAGGACCUGCCACCUGCUGAGUUGCAAGAUAAGAUUGAAAAUUUGGAAACAAGACUUGCAGAGAAGGAGGAACUCUUGUUAGAGAAAGACUUAAUAUUUGAGCAGGUCACACGACUUGCAGGCCGUGUCAAAGUGAAGGCUGAAGAUGGUAAAGACGAUACUCUUGGACUUGCCAAAAAUGUGAAUGCAUUACAAGCUAAAAUUAAAGAUGCAUACAGGAAAAUGAGAGGCCUUGUGGCUGAGCUAUCUAUGAACACAGCAACAGCUCUUCAACUCCAACAGACUUUGAAAGAGAAGGAAGCAGACCUAGAGCAGUGCUACAUCAGAAUGGAGAAGGGCGAGCCACCAUGUGAUGAGUUUGAACGUGACUGGAACAGGUUGAUGGCCAUAGAAGACAGAAUCAUGAGAGACAAAGAAGAAAAUAGAUUGAUUCAAGAGGAGGAGGAACAGUAUAAGAUUGCAGGAGGGACAACCACUACAGCCGACCCCAGACCCAAUGCCUACAUUCCUGAUGAUGACAGUGAACUUCCCAUUCCCAGACCUUAUGGUAGACAUGCACCAUUCAAACCUACAGAAGCAGGAUCUACAAUGCGACAUAUUCGCAAACCUGUACCCAAACCUAUUGAAAUAUAGACCUUCACAUGCUCAUUUUAUUUUGCAGUGAUAAACAUUCUGCUAGAAUACAAAUACAAUUACAGAAAGUAUGAAUUUCCCUAAAUAUGCAAGACUAUGUCUCAUACUUCAUAGUGAUGUCUUCAGCUUUUAAAUUCCAACGCGUCGGAGGUAAAGAUGCCACAAAAGGAGUAAUUUGCACUGAGUUAGGAGGAUAGGACAAAACCAGACAUUUUGUAGGAAAGAUAUUUUACUUACCAGGUAUGUGCUUUAUCUACAAACAGCAUUUCAUUUCCUUAAGGCAUUAUAAGAGUAAAGAGUGGUGAAUGGAGUGAACUUCUCAGGCAGUGCCUUGAUCAGCUAUCAGCAUUGCAUGCAUGUGCCUUGAUGUUCAGCACAGAGAUAUUUUUUAUAUCGGGUACUGAACUUUAAAAGAAAAAUACAAAUUUGAAACCAGAUGCACUGGAUUGUCUUGUUACACACUGUUAUAUGACAGUCUAUCAGUAGCUCCAAAUAUACACAUGGAAGAAGAAGAAUGACAUAUAAGGAACCAUUCCAGCCACAGAGUUCAUGACAUGUGACAUUAUUAUUGAU